UGGUGAUGGUGGUGGUGGCGGUGGCACAAGCCUCAAGCGAGAACUUUAGUUUCCGGCUCAGUCUUUAACUGCAAAGCGGCCGGGACACACAGCUAGUCAGCGGAAUAAAUCAGCGCCUCUACCAACAGCAAAGAUGAUACCGCAAAACGAGAAUCCCGCUAUCAUCCUGGAUGAUACUUACGUUGAGGAACACCAGUUCUCUGACCACUGUGGCCAGAGUCGUUGUGGCCAGGCACAAACUGCUUUUGAGGUCUACCAAAGAAUCCUGCAUCGAUUACAAAAUUAUUCACAAGAGAACCCCACAAAAGAUAGUGAAAGCGAUCUGAAGAAACAGAUUUGGCUUGCCAGCUUUACGGGAAGGCCAAUACAAUAUAAUUGUUAGUUCGAGAAGCCUGGCAAUUGCAAUAACUUUGUUACAUAUAUAAAAAUAAAUUAAAAUCUUAUGAAACCGUAUCCAAAAUACCCAAAAGUGAAUCUUUAAUAUUUACAAUCCGUACAAGUAAAUAACAAAAGAAGAUUUUCAUUUUUAAACCUUUAUUUAUUUGUCCUUAAUUUAAACUCAAUAUCACUAAAAUGUUAAACUACUUACCCGUCGGUUGAUGUAAAUCAAAAUUGUUUUAGGAAAAAAUGUGAAAUAUUUUAGUUAUGCAGCAACUUUUAUUGUUUAUUCAAUU